GGGCCGAGCUCGCGCGGCCCUGUUUUCUCCUUAGCCUGGGUUGGUCGCGAAACCCCUGGGGAACCGGGGUGGCUCCGUGGUGGCCUCGUGGUGGCGAACCCAGCGGCCGGGCCCCGGUGGUAGUGAUGGUCAUUGUCCUCUUGAACAGGGAUGGAGGAAAUAUCCCACGAGGCAGCAGGAUCACCAAGGGUCCAGUUUCAGCCUUUGGAGAGCCAGUCUGAAUGUCUUUCCCCAGAGCUUCAGUUUCUGCAGGACACGGAGAUGGAGCAGGGAUUCCCUGGGGGAUUUCCAAUUUCCAAGCCUGAUGGGAUCUCCCAGCGGGAACAGGAUCUACAGGUCUUUGAUCUGGAAACUAAGAGUAAAGAAGUCAUAAGAGAUGACUGUUCAGAUGGAGAGACCAGAGAAGAAAACAAGCUGUUGAUCCCUAAGCGGAAAAUUUCGGAAGAAGUACAUUCAUACAAAGUGAGAGUAGGAAAAUUCAAACAGAAUAUUGCCCAAGUUCCUGAGACCAGAGAGGUCUAUAAAUCUGAGGACAGAUUAGAAAGGCUCCAGGAGAUUCUAAGAAAAUUUCUCUUUCUGGAGAGAGAGUUUAGACAAAUAACAAUCAGCAAGAAAAACUUCACCAGUGAGAAGAACAGCGAACCCGAAAAAAGCUUCAGUCUAGACUCAACACUUGAUGCAGAUCAGAGAGUUCUUCGAAUACAGACCAUUGAUGACAGUAAGUAUGACAUGAACUUCAACCAGAACCCCACUGUUGGUGAACAAGAACCCAUAAAUCUAACACAGAAUUUUCAGAGUAGUGACUAUAAAGAAAGCUUAAUGGAUCUGUCCCACCUUAAUAAGUGGGAGAACAUGCCUACCACUGACAGAUCCUAUAAAUGUGAUACAUGUGGGAAAACCUUCCAUCAGGCCUCUGCUCUUACUAGACAUCAGAGAAUUCACACAAGAGAAAAACCCUACAAAUGUAAGGAAUGUGAGAAAUCUUUCAGUCAGAGCUCAAGUCUUAGUCGACAUAAGAGAAUACACACUAGAGAGAAAUCCUACAAAUGUGAAGUGUCCGAUAAAUCCUGUGAAGCACCUGAGAAGUCAUGUAGCCAGAGCUCAGAUGUGCUUCAGCAUAAGAAGGUUCAUGCCAAAGGCAAGUCUUACAAGUGUGGCAGCUGUGAAAGAGUCUUCAGCCGAAGCGUGCACCUUACUCAGCAUCAGAGAACUCACAAGGACAUGGCCUGUAAAUGUACUGUGUGUGGCAGUGACUUCUGCCACACCUCAUAUCUAGUUGAACAUCAGAGAGUACAUCAUCAAGAGAAGUCCUACGAGUAUGAUGAAUGUGGGCUGGCCUAUGUGAAACAGCAAGGAAUCCGUUUCCAAGAAAAGCCCUACACGUGUACUGAAUGUGGGAAAGACUUCAGAUUGAAUUCCCAUCUUAUUCAGCAUCAAAGAAUUCACACAGGAGAGAAACUGCAUGAAUGUAAUGAGUGUGGGAAAGCUUUCAGCCAAACCUCUUGCCUUAUUCAGCACCACAAAAUGCACAGGAAAGAGAAAUCAUAUGACUACAACGAUUAUGAGGAAAGUUUUAGUCACAACUCUGAUCUUACUCUGCAACAAGAAAUUCCCAUUAGAGAGAGAGUCUUUGACUGUGAUGCAUGGGAAGAGAGCUUCAAUCAGAGAGCGCACCUUGUCCAACAUGAAAGGGUCCAUACCAAAGAGAAACCUUAUGAAUGCAAUGAACUUGGGGAGACAUUUAGUCAAGUUCAGGCCUCAUUCAGUAUGUGAGAACUGACCGCAGAAGUCAGACAUGUAAUAACUGUGUUAACGUCGUCAGUCAGCUCGGCCCUUGGACAGCAUCAGAAAAGUCAUACCAGAGAGAAACGCGCUGAAUGAGAUGAGUAUUAGGAAGUAUUUUGGUGUUAAAAUUCUUCAUUGGCUCCUGUAAAUCAGUGCUAGGAUACACAGAAUGUGGUACAUUGUUCAGCGUAUUUUCAUACCAUAGUCACAGUUGGAAAAUUUGUACUGGAGUAAAAUUCCACUAUCAAAUGUGAAAAAGCCAUCUGUCAACUA